AUGGGAGAUAACCAAAAUAAGGAGAAGAGUGCCCCCGCUUCGUCCCCAGGCGAAGAAGGUGGCGGCAAAGCGAACAAGCAGUGGGAAAAUGACAAAAAUGGGGAAAAUUCCGGAGGCGUCAAAAAAGGGGAAAAUUCCGGAGGCUCCAAAAAUCUGAGCAACUCUGACAGCUCGCGAAAGGGGAAGGGCAAAAAAGGUAAAAAGCGCGGGGCGAGCGACUCAAUCGGGAAGAGGCAGGAACAGCAGGAGGCGAAGGCAAGCAUCGAGGGCAUCUUCAACAACCUGAAGGCCAAGGAGAAGAAGGCCACAAAAGUUGGCAGCGAGACGAGGUCUAUUAAAAAAGGCUCCGAAAAAAGCGGCCUCAACGCCGGUCGGGUCCAGAAGAAGGCGCAGCGGCGGGUGGGCAAGGAGACGCCCGCCGAGCGCGCGCGCACGCCGGAUGGGUUGCCCAUUUAUUCUAUGGAGGAGCUCAAGAUGGGCCAGGGAGGAUACACGAAGGACUGCCCAUUCGAAUGCAGCUGCUGCUUUUAGGUUUUUCCCCGGGGGAUAUACUUCCAACCCCGGCCAUCCUCUUCGGAGGGGGGAAGUUGGCAUCAAACUAGCUAGCUAACAUGUGCAGAAUAAAAAUGACCACAAACGAGAAAGAAUAGGCGAUCAUCUGGAUCACUCCUGUAGGAUGAUGUCCUUAUAAUUGUGAAAAAGGACAGCUCCAAAAAAAUGGGAAUUUCCUUUUAUUUGAACCAUUGUGGGUACGUACGCUAUUUUAUGGGGACCUUUCAUGGGUGGAAACCGUUGUUUUGGUAAUUGGCCCCGUGUUUGCCGGGUGCUCAUGUUGGAAGGAGAUUCCCCAACGAGCGUAGGCCUAUGCCUACGGUGAAGCAGACGGAUGUGUGCCUCGUCCGUAGGGGGUGCAACUAACCAUGUGAAUUAGCCUCU